GCACGCGCGGGGGCACCAGAGAACAAAUCUUCAUCGCCCACGCAUAUCCGCACUCCGUCCAAGCGCCGGCCGACCUCUCCGUUCCUCACCGGCGACACGACGCGCGCCGUCACAGCCAGAGAAAUCUCCCAAGCUAGCUAGUCAACGACCGGAUGCCGGCGGCGACCGGGUUCGCCCCGGCGCCCACGUCGGCGUGGCCCCGGUCCCGGCGGCGCCGGCUGCGCUGCCGCUGCUGCGAGGACACGCUGGGCGUCCCGCGCCGCCGCGCACCAGCAAACGGAGGCAAUGGCCCGGCGUCGAGGGACCAGCUCCACUUCCCCGAGCUCCGGCCGCUGCCGUACCCGGCGCCCCCUCCCCGGCCGCGGCGCAUCGUGCUGGUGCGGCACGGGCAGAGCGAGGGGAACGUGGACGAGAGCGCCUACACGCGCGUGCCCGACCCGCUCAUCGGCCUCACCCCCAAGGGCCGCCGCGACGCCGAGGACUGCGGCCGCCGCCUCCACCGCCUCUUCUCCGACGGAAGCGACAGCGACGACUGGAAGGUCUACUUCUACGUGUCCCCGUACCGGCGCACCCUCGAGACGCUCCGCGGCAUCGGCCUCGCCUUCGACGCCCGCCGCAUCGCCGGCGUACGCGAGGAGCCCCGCCUCCGCGAGCAGGAUUUCGGGAACUUCCAGGACCGGGAGAAGAUGCGUGCGGAGAAGGAGGUGCGGCGGAGGUACGGCCGGUUCUUCUACCGCUUCCCGGACGGCGAGUCGGCGGCGGACGUGUACGACCGCAUCACGGGCUUCCGCGAGACCCUGCGCGCAGACAUCGACAUCGGCCGCUUCCAGCCGCCCUCGCCGCCGGGCUCGCCGGCGGCCCCGGAGAUGAACCUGGUGCUGGUGUCGCACGGGCUCACGCUGCGGGUGUUCCUCAUGCGGUGGUACAAGUGGACGGUGCGCCAAUUCGAGGGCCUCGCCAACUUCGACAAUGGCGGCGCGCUCGUCAUGCAGACCGGGGAAGGCGGCAGGUACAGCCUCCUUGGCCACCACUCCGCCGACGAGCUCAGGGAGUUUGGCCUCACCGACGAGAUGAUCGACGACCAGCUGUGGCAGAGCACCGCCAGGCCCGGCGAGCUCAACUACAACUUCAUCACCAACGGGCCCUCCUUCUUCACGCACUUCAGCUAGCUGGCUUGUAAUUGGAGGUGGCUUGAUCGAUUGAUCACUCUCAUGUGUAUAUACAUAUAUAUACGCCUAUACGGAGUAAUGAACGGAUGCAAGAUCUUACGCUCCAUGGAUUCCCACAGUUGCAUCCAUGUGCGCAAAACUUGAAACCGAUUCACUCUUGUUUCAGCUUGCUUACUUAUUUUAGGGUGGUUUCCCUUGCGGCGAUUUUGUUA